UCGGCGCACCCUGCCUGGGCUCCGGCCUGGCUCGCGGCUGAAGCCUGAGAAAUGGACGUGCCCACGGCGCCCUCUAGUGGAUUCUGGCGCUAACCGGCUGCGCGCUUCCAGCGGUGACGAUGGUGCUCGUGCCGCGCCCCAGGCCCUACUCGUCCAACGAGACCCUGUACGAACAUUACAACUACGUGGGCAAGCUGGAGGGCAGGCUGAGGGAUGCCCCCGAGGGCAGCAUGCUCACCACCGUGCUGUUCUUGGUCAUCUGCAGUUUCAUUGUCCUGGAGAACCUGAUGGUUUUGAUCGCCAUCUGGAAAAACAAUAAAUUUCACAACCGCAUGUACUUUUUCAUCGGCAACCUGGCCCUCUGCGACCUGCUGGCCGGCAUAGUGUACAAGGUCAACAUUCUGAUGUCGGGCAAGAAGACGCUGAGCCUGUCUCUGACGGUCUGGUUCCUGCGGGAGGGCAGCAUGUUCGUGGCCCUGGGGGCAUCCACCUGCAGCCUGCUGGCCAUCGCUAUCGAGCGGCACCUGACCAUGGUCAAAAUGAGGCCUUACGACGCCAACAAGAGGCACCGCGUCUUCCUCCUGAUCGGGAUGUGCUGGCUCAUCGCGUUCUCACUGGGCGCCCUGCCCAUCCUGGGCUGGAACUGCCUGCAGAACCUCCCCGACUGCUCCACCAUCCUGCCCCUCUACUCCAAGAGGUACAUCGCCUUCUGCAUCAGCAUCUUCACGGCCGUCCUGCUGACCAUUGUCAUCCUGUAUGCGCGCAUCUACUUCCUGGUGAAGUCCAGCAGCCGCCGAGUGGCCAGCCCCCACAACUCGGAGCGGUCCAUGGCCCUGCUGCGGACCGUGGUGAUCGUGGUGAGCGUGUUCAUCGCCUGCUGGUCUCCACUCUUCAUCCUCUUCCUGGUGGACGUGGCCUGCAAGGUGAAGGAGUGUGCCAUCCUGUUCGAGGCCCAGUGGUUCAUCGUGCUGGCGGUGCUCAACUCCGCCAUGAACCCGGUCAUCUACACGCUGGCCAGCAGGGAGAUGCGGCGGGCCUUCUUCUGGCUGGUCUGCGCCUGCCUGGUGCGGGGCCGGGGUGCCCGCUCCUCGCCCACCCAGCCGGCUCUCGAUCCAAGCAGGAGCAAGUCCAGCGGCAGCAACCACAGCAGCCCCUCCGCAAAGAGCAAGGAAGACCUUCCCCAGGGGGCCGCCGCGCCCUGCAUCACCGACAGGAACAAAACCCUGCAGAACGGGAUCUUCUGUAAAUGAAGGCACUGGCCUUGAGGAACAGGGGCUCCUCGUGUGUCCACAGGAGAAGCGGCAGCCGGUCCUGCAGCCACGUCCUUACGGAUCGCAUGCCUCACCCACGGGGCCCCUUCCAGAGCUGUGGCUCAGGAAAUCUGCUGACAGCCUGCCUGGUCUGGACGUCUCUUGGGGGGGGGGGCAAGGGAUCAGAACCCACUUCAGUGUAGACAGCGCACCUUGCCCGUUUAGGCUAGAGAGUCUUCCAGACAUACGAAGCUGCUGUCAUUGGCCGCUUUGCCCUGAGUCCCACUGGCCGCUGGCCGCAGGGCCUGGGGAGGGGAGGUCGUGGACCACACAGUGGACAGUACGUUUCCCAGAUCAUCAGGAUGGUGUCUGGUGACUUUACACUACAUUGACUGCGCACAGAAUGGACGCUGUGUGUUUGCCAUUUCUGUGUUCCGUAGCACUUGUGUUUCAAAUGUCUGCCGUCGGUACACACGUGAGCUGCAGUGCGUGUGGUAUUGAUGUCACAGGGGGAACAGGUCCGCUUUGACUGAGCCCCCAGGUAUAAGCAGGUGCAAGGACGCAGCUGGGAAGCAGGUGGACACGCCGGCCCCAGUCUCUUCAGACAGAGGUGCAGUCUCACGCUGAGCAGGGUUUGAAAAGCCCAAGUCCCCGAACAGGGCUUCUCGUCCCAGGCUUGUCUCAGAUGUGUGAGGCUGACCCCACGCUGUCCUGAGGCCUGUCCCUGAUGGUGUCUGGAGGACCCUGGGGAGAACAAGCCAGUCCUGUGGGCGUACGCCCUCCAAGGGGAGCCCUGCUCGUCCUCUGUCACGGGUCCCUGCAGAGUCGGAAGCCAGUCCAAGCGCCAAGUUAGCCAGAUGAUGUGGUGGUUUUGGAAAAGCCAGCCAAGGUAUCCCAGGGGCCUGUGCCCCAGACCAGCCAAGAAGAGAACCCACGAGGGGGAGGCGGAGGACAGAGCCCGGCCCGGCCAGCUUUCCGACUCGCACGGACCAAGGGUCUGCUCACCGUAAUGGGAAGAUUCUGUUGAAUUAAAAGAGAUUUCAAGACGACACUAAUUCUAUGGUGUGCCCUGCAUCACUCUGUUUACCUUAUGAAGGGGUCCCUUAGCAGGUGUCUUUGUACAGCCAUCCCCAAGGGCGCAGCACAAAUGGAUGAAAAAUAAUACACAGAUCUGCAGAGCUGUCGUGAGCAUGUCGUUCACAUGCUGAGUUUUUUGUAAAGACAACAAACAAUAAAAAAGAAAAAUUUUCCAGAGGAGUCUUACCUGGGUAAACCUCGCAUCAGAACCCCCUGCCGUUUUUAGGUUCAGCGAGGAUUUUGCCUGAGCAGAGACUACGGGGGCAGUCUCAAUACACGAACGGCUUUUCAGCGAGAAGGUGACUUGUCUCUGUGAUCUGAUGCAAGCUCCUCUUUAUUAAGGAACAUCUCCGUGGGUCCUGAGUGACCAUGUACCAGCCGACAUCUUUGUUAAUUUUUGUUACCAGUAGGAGAAAUCCUGUUUGCAAGGGGACGUUCAUCGGUGGCAUUUUCUGAGGACUUCUUUACAUCACUGAAAAGGAACUUACUCUUUUGUCCGACAGCAUGAGAAACCCCAGGACACGUCCAGAAAAGUUAAGCAUUGAGAUACGGGGGUAAGAAAGAGAAGAACGUCUCAGAGAGCCGAAGUACUGGGCGCUGCGUUUUGACUAAGGUGGUGGAGUGACUUAGGAGCUGUUUAAGUCGGUUCCGAGGCGCUUGGCGGGCCCCAGGUCUCUGGCACUAAUGUCGAUAAGCCCGGGCACCACGGCCCCAACUUGUUUUGAGACAGCGCAAAACUUUCAGUCAACCUGAAAGAAAAAUACUCGCCGAAAAGUGACUGCGUUUAUUUGAUACAUGCGAGAAGAUAAUCAAAUUUAGUACCACUGUGUACGUUCCCAGCUCGCUGGCCGGAGAGCCCUUAGAAGUUGAGGGUCAAAGCCGCAGAGAACUUGGGCGUUAGGCCUCGUUCAGUCAGUAACCUUUACCGUGUCCCGUGUGUGUUUGUUAAGGAAAUAAAGCCAAAAGCCUUUGUACAGGCUCAUUGCGGGCAGUCCCUGUAGGGGGCUGUGUACCCCGGGGCCGCCCUUGGUGAUGUGCGAAGUGGCAGCGUGACUUCUCACCUGGGGCCCGUGUUCCUCCAGGAAUUAAACCACUUUUAGAAGUCGGGUAACAUUCUCUCCACACUGCCCGCUGGCAGCGCUGGUGUUUGGGGCACUUCGGUGUACUGGGUGCCGUGCCACCCGUCUGGGCAGGUCAGUGGAGAAGGAGGUCAAGAGCCUGACCCUUUCAACAGGAGAAGGUGCUAAGCCAAAGGUCAGACAAAAGAGAUGGGCGGCUGGCCCUGCGCCGCCUGCUGGAACUGAAGCAACGGGAGAGGCCAGGUCAGAGCUGACCCUCCUCCAGCUUUCUCCUUUACAGAUGGCGAGUGUUCGCCUCUCCACCGUACGUUCUGCCGAGAAAGAGGCCGGGGUUUGGCGUAACUAGCUGGUGGGGACAUUCACGAACUCUGCCCAGCACAACCAGGGGCCGCAGCCUCCUGCCUCCUUUGAUCCUGCCCAAGGCAGAGUGGGCAGAGGUAGCAAAAACCCCGUCAGAAACGGCCUUGCCAAGCCGCCGUGUUCAUUCCACACUUGCGGUGGCCCCGGCGGGGCUCUGCAGGGAUUGUCUUCUAAGACGCCUCCUGGGGAUAAUUGAGGAAGUCUGCUUUCUAGGGAGGGUUUAGAACGCCCCUUCGCUCCUGUGCGAGGCAGUACAAGAGCCACCACCCACACGAGAGCUUUUCCACGGUGCUCCUUAUUGCCCACGGACGCACACUGACAGUCACGUGCCAUCGGACCACUCAGAGGACGGCUGUUUCUCUCCACCCUCGACCUGUGGUUCCCCUGCACCGGUAAAGAACCUUCCCCAGACACGGAGCAAGGUGUACUUGAUAGAAAACUGCUAAUUCAGUCACCGAGCCCAUGCUUUUAAAUUGUGUCUACGAGUGCAAAACCUCAACACCCAAAGGGUUUUAGUCGAAUAUCAGAGGGUUUGCUACACAAUCAGAAAUGCACACACCACUGUUCUGAAGAUGAAGGCACGUUUUCUGAUGAGCAGUGGUAACCGGGAGGAGCGCAGCAUUGCCUAGGAGGGCGUGACCGCCCUGCUCCUGGGCCCAGUGACGACCACAGCGAUGCCACGUGGCCUCUGCACCCGGCUGCCCCGGCAGGGCCGCGUGUGCCCGGCGUGGCACCGGGGCUCGCAGCUGGACGCCGCGCCAUUUACCUAGCCAGUUCCCUUCACCCACUGUUUCGUCAGACCUCCCAGAUGUUGGCCAAAUAACGGAGGCUUUAUUAUUUUUCGUAGAACAGAGAUGAGAAAACUCGAAACUGGGUUUUGUACCUCCACUCCUCAGCGAUGUCCCCAUGCCCAUAAUGUCCCAAUACCAACGUAGAAUGUGGUAAAUCGCCAGUAAACCCAGACAGAGACCUUUGCAGUAAUUCUUUUCUGUUUCACACAAGUUAAUGGAAAAUAAAACACAAAUUUUUCAAAUA